GUGCACCCGGAUGAUUUCCGUGGGCCUCGCAGUGAUCUGAGGUUCUACAUCUAUGACCUGCCUGGUGCUGCCAACCGAGAGAUCUUGGUGCAGCUGCACGGCCGGAUUCGCGAGUCGGCGGCACAACCCUCCACGUGCGACUAUGGCCUUUCUCCAUGCAGUGAAAUGCACGGGAUGGGCAUGUUUGGCGGCAUGCGUGUCUUCGCUGCUGAGGCAACGAUCCUUGCCAAGUUGCUUUCGGCCCCCGAUGAGGUCAUUGUGAAAGACCCCACAGAGGCCUCCUACUUCGUUGUGCCCUUCUUCUCAUCCGCUUGGUGUAUCCUGGCAUCGCCACGGGGCUGGGUCCGGUGUGGGGCGUAUCGACCUCUUAAUGCCCUGCUUCCCCUGCUCACGUACUUCAAUGCUUCCACUGCCCAUCGCCACAUCUUCCUGGCCACGGAUUCCACAGGCGACCUGCCUCAAGAUUUGCAAAUGCAGUCUACC